AUGUGUCUACCUUGCUUUCCAUGGACAUGGACACAAUAUGAAGAUCCAUUGGAGUCAAUGCCGCCACAUAGCGUCUGGGUUCACGAUGGCACUGGCUGGAGUUUGCAACAAGUUCAGCCAUCAUUCGGUGCCGUUCAACUAGGCCAGCCGGGUUAUGUUGUCGCUCAGCAGCCCGCAAUGGUACCCCAGCCAAUGAUUGGCCAAGCUCCGAUGAUGAUGGGCCAGGCGUUUCCAGGAGGGCCUCCUAUGGCUAUGGGUGGCGGUCCAGGCAUGCCCGUCAUGAAUGGAAACUCGGGAGUCCCCGUCAUUGCAGGUAAUGGUUGCCCUCCUCCCCCAGAUGUGUCGGGUCUGGGAAAGACGCAAGGCGAGGAGACUGUACGCCAAGUAGAGUUUGCGCAUGCGAACAAGCUGUUUGAGCCACAGGACUUUAAGCCUGCGGACGAUGACCCGUCACGCUAUUACUAUGUUCGUGAGGUUGACGGAAACUGGACUCAGCGCAACCGUUUUACCAUUGACCAUAUGGGAGACUGCCGGUGGUAUGUCACCGAUGAAGGAUGGUUUUACGCCGUCAGGCUUCCUGACUAG